UGAGGUUUUAGUUUUACACUGUUACACUUAGGCCGUUAUUAGGAGUCUCAUUUCAAAGUAGUUAGGCCGCAGAGAGGAUGUGAGGCUUUGUGCUAGUGUGUGUGUAGUGUGGGUGUGUAGUCAUGUGAGCGUGUAUUUUUGACUCUUCAGGUUAUGUCGGCUGGUGUAAAAAGUUGUUUUGGCACAGUUGACAGAGCGUGUACACCGCCACACCUUGAUGAAACGGAAGUUAAAGAGUAUCAUGGCGUCGGCUGCUCCGCAGAAGAGGAUGGUUUCCUCCGUCUUCAUCACGCUGACGUCCCCUUACAGAGCCACCGUCACUCAGCACCAACACACGCGCACACACAGCGCCACCGCCAAUGACAUGCCACAUGCAGCCAUGCGGGUUAGCCCAGAGGACAGCAGCACCCGUAAGCCCAGUGUCGGUGACACGCAGCAUGGUUCCAUACAUAGGCAAGAGAGGACUCCGUCUGAGUCCCAGGGCAGUGCACAGAAUGGGGACCAGAGCUCCACACCUUCCCUGGCCAGACCCUCAAAACCCAGACCUCCACCUAGCCCAGUGACCCCUAACCUCACCCUGGGUCCGGAAGACACGCAGCAGACAGAUACCGCAGCAUACAAGGGUCCUGAGGAGCUCCCUCCUCCACCUCCCCUUCCUCCUGUGUCUGUGGAUGCUGAACUGACGGAGGAUCUUGCACCUCUCCUGCCUCCUCCACCCGUACAGGAGACGCCAACUGCUCUCAUCCUCCGACCUGUGUAUCCAGACAGACCAACAGUGUCUGAACAACCGAACUUUGCAGUGAAUAGACCGCCAGAGCAAAGAACACCAUCUAGUGGGGGGGAACAGAAGGAACCAUCCCAAGAGCAGCUACAGAUGGUGGAGAGCAAGGAGGUGUGUGGCUUCUGCCGUAAGCCUGUGGCUCUGAGUGAAACUGCCAUAGAGGCUCUGAACAGGACAUACCACGCCAGUUGCUUCCAGUGCAGACAGUGCCAUAUCCCUCUGGCUGGUAAACUGUACUACAAUAAGGCAGGAAUACCACUCUGUGAGGACUGUUACCAGGCCAGUUUGGAACUUUGCUGGGCAUGUGGGGAAGUUAUCAAAGACCAUGUUAUCCGUGCACUGGAAAGAGCUUACCACCCACCUUGCUUUAUCUGUGCGACGUGCAGCCAACCAAUUGGAGAGCAGAGAUUCGCUCAGGGAGAGGUUGGGGAAGUGUAUUGCCUCCAGGAUUACUACAGGAAAUACGCUCCCCAGUGUAGUGCCUGCCAGCAGCUGAUCAUUCCAAGAGAGGAUGGCACGGACAGCUUCACCGUGGAGUGCCUGGGACGCUCCUUCCACGAGGACUGCUAUCGCUGUGAGGUCUGCAGUACCCAGCUCUCCCCAGAGCCAAACGACCAUGGCUGCCAUCCACUGGAUGAGAGGGUGCUGUGUAAGUCUUGUCACCUGACCAUGGUUCAGUCUGCCCAGCUCUAAUACUGAACCAGGGCCCGUAUUCAGGGUUUGGGAGUAACUGAUUACAUGUAUCUGAUUACAAAAAAAACUUUACUUUUAAAUUUAGGAAGAAUGUUUGCGAAAUGAUGACACCUUUUUGUUUUCUCAAUGACAUUUAAUUCAGCGUUGGAAAAAGGUGUACAUUUUAAGUGUGCUCCACCUCAGAGACCACUAUGAUGACACAUCAAAUGUUUGAUGGAUCCUUUUUGUCUCCUUUAAUGCCUCGUAAGGGGAAAGUAAUCAAAAAGUAAUAUGAUUACAUUACUGAGUUUGGGUAAUCCAAAAGUUAUGUUACUGAUUGCAAUUUUGGACAGGUAACUAACUAGUAACUGUAACCAAACUAAUUGCAUUUAGAAAUUACCAAACUCUGCCCGUAUUCAUAAAGCGUCUCAGAAAAGCAGCCACGGUCUAGAAUCAGUUUUGCCUUUUAGAUCGUAAUGAAUAAGAUUGAAUGGAAAGGGCAGACCUGAUCCUAGAUCAGCAUUCCUACUCUGAGACCCUUUAUGAAUACGGGCCCAGAAACCAGGGUGGGACGCUCCAACUGUGCAAUGUAGCAUAUGGAGAGACAGGCUGAAAGUCAACGGAGUAGGUCCUGAUUGGAUUGUAAAGGAGAAAUAUCGAUGAAACUGGGAAAGAAGACGAGCCUUCCUAGUUCUGCAUCAUGGGAAUAAGUCGUUGGACUUCGAAUGUAACAAACUUUGUUCAUCACACAGCAUUUAGAAAUUAUUUGCAAUUAUUGUUUACGUAGCAAGACAUGUUUAUCAAUUGCCUCCUAUACUUCUUUCAUAAUUGAUACUUUUGCACUCUUUUUUUUUUUUACCCACACUAGUAAAUGCACCAAAGAUAUUUAUUCAACAUACAUUUUCAAGUAUUUUGUCGUAUGCAUUCUUUGAAUAUUAUGUAGUGCUCAGUGCUGUAUGUUCAUUCUCAAUAUAUCCUUUCAUAUGAGAAAAUAAACUAAUAUAUUAUAUAGUA